GCGCAUAUCUGGCAACCCACUGUAGCGGCGGAGAGCAGCGGAUUGCAUUCUGCCAGUGUAAUAUCAACAUUGGAAAGGACGCAGUCAAAAUACAUGUCAUUUCCAUCACGCAGUCCACUGGGUGCACCAGAUGUGCAUGGUUAACAACAUCUCUGAAACACUAAUCUGGAUGGAUUAUCUUUGGAGGAUUAAAAUGUAUAGUGUUAUUACAAUUUUCAAUGAUGCAGUGAGAACUGAAGAACAGAACUGAACAACACUUCUGAUUAACCAAACCGAAACACAUUCAAUCCAGAUACAGUGACAUUAUUUAAAGCAUGAGAGAUGGCAGUGAAUGUAUACGCCACAUCAGUAACGAUUGAGAACCUGAGCCGACAUGACAUGCUGGCGUGGGUGAACGAUUCCCUUCAGCUCACCUACACCAAGAUUGAACAAUUAUGUUCAGGGGCAGCUUAUUGUCAGUUCAUGGACAUGCUGUUCCCAGGGUGUAUUCUUUUAAAGAAAGUGAAAUUUCAAGCAAAGCUGGAGACGGAGUUUAUACACAACUUCAAAGUUCUCCAGGCAGCUUUCAAGAGGAUGAACGUUGAUAAAAUAAUUCCUGUGGAAAAAUUAGUGAAAGGAAAAUUCCAGGACAACUUUGAAUUCAUCCAGUGGUUUAAAAAAUUCUUUGAUGCCAAUUAUGACGGAAAAGAGUAUGAUCCCAUUCAAGCUAGGCAGGGCCAAGAUGUGGCGCCUCCACCAAAUCCAGGUGAACACUUUUCCCACAAACCCAAGAGAACUGGUUCCUCAGGGCCUCAGAGAACAUCGCCAACAGUACCUAAAAACAUGCCCACACCACAGAGGGUGACCACCACCAUAAGGAAGAACCCCACACACACCCGAAAUGGGGGAAGUGAUGCUGAAAUCAUGGAGCUUAAUCAACAGUUGAUGGAGCUGAAGUUAACUGUAGAUGGUCUGGAGAAGGAGAGAGAUUUCUACUUCAGCAAACUUCGAGACAUUGAGCUGAUCUGCCAAGAACAAGAGGAUGAAACCAACCCCAUUAUCAGUAGGAUAAUUGACAUUCUGUAUGCCACAGAGGAUGGCUUUGCCCCACCAGAAGAUGAUGAAAUAGACGAGCAGGCCCACUUGGACGAAUUCUGAGCAUCAUCGUGACCCUUCACCAUUUCCCCUCCCCACCACUUUGAAUGGCUCCCAUCUAUUGCACGCUGUUAAUAUCCUCUCAGUUUCCUACAAAUCUGUGGGCUCACCAUAUAUACUCGAAAUCUUUGUCCUCUGACGCCGGUUUAUGCACUACAUACGUAUCAACAAACACUCGCCGUCCUCACCCCCAUCCAGACAGUAGCACCAACCACGACACAUCCUAGCCGUCACAGCAUGUUUUACAGAUCGACAUUGAGAAUGAACAACAGAAAAAGGUAUUACAGAAUGUGGGUAGCACAACUACCUGAAAAAAUGUAAAUAUUUGAGAUGAGAAAGACGUUUUUAAAGACAUUUUUUCAUACACAUUUUCUUUAAGGUUUGUCCCGGCUCCAUUCAGUAUGAAAUGAUCAGUAUCAUGCCAUCCAUCUGUGUCUCCAGCUUCAGUCUGCCUCUCUCACUGACUGUACACUUUAAAUGAUGGAAAAUUACUAUUCUGUUAUCAGUUUCUCACUCUCAUGUUGUUUCAAACCCAGAUGACUUUCUGUCGUGGAACAAAUGAAGAAGGCUUUUGGUUUCCAUAGAAUUACAGCAAAUAGAGACUAAAGCUUUCAUUCUUGAAAAAGGACACAAAUGAACCAUAAAAGUGGUCCAUGAAAUGCAUACACUAUAUUCCUGGUCUUCUUAAAGCUUUUUAUGAGCUUCAGGUACAGAUGUGACCAGGUGAUCAUCAAGUUAAUGAAGCUCAUGAAUUCUAAUGAAAGCAGCAACUAGAGCUAGAGAAGAUGUCAAGAUUUUCAGUGAAUAACUUUAAUUUCAGUCUGUAGAUCACACAAAGGUAUCAGAAUCUCCAGAAGACUUGGAAUAGAGCACACAAGUUCAAUGCACAACUUGAUUUUUAAGGUGCUUCUGUGUCUUUACUGAAGCUUAAAAGCUUUGGUUUCCAUUCAUUGUAUGUCAUUGUUCUACCAAAGUAUCAUACAUGUUUGGAAUUACAUGAAGGUGAAUAAAUAAUGACAGAAUUUCGUUUUUAGGUGAACUAUCUUAAAUGACUAAGAAUAGCAGACACUAUGAGAAUCCCAGAAAUAUGUGACAUGAUGAAAAAAUAAAUGCUGAGCUGCAGAGAGGACUUUUAUACUUUUAAUCAACUGGAUGAGCCAGUGACAUUAAAUGAUAAUAAUAAUAAUAAUAAACAUUAAAAUAUGUCAGCAAGGCUUUAAAAUGUAACUUAUGGCACAGGUUGUUUUGCUUGUACCCAGGGAGCAUGUAAAUGUUAUACAUUGACAAGUGAUGACUGAUGGUUUGAAAAUCAUAUUUUUCUGUUGUGCUUGAUUGUGACAUUAUUCUAACACGUCAUAGACUGCAAAAUGGAAACUCACUAAAUGGAUGGAAAGUUGUAUUACCGUCAUACUUAACUAGAGUUCAUAUUCAGCCAUUGAGCAUGAGGGACAGUACUCAUUGUUACUGUGGACAUUUUAUUUUAGUGGCAGUCAAACAUGUGAUACUACUGAACAGAUGAUGUCAUGUCUAAUUGAACUGACGUUUGCUGCUAGAGUUGCUGCAUUUAUGUGUUUUGUUUUGUAUUUAUUUCGCUCAGCUAUUGAAUAGCAUAUGGGCUGUGCAUCCUUAACUGUAAGUCAUAUCAGAUUUGUACGGAGCCCCGCACAUUACAUGCAAGAAAAAAUAGUUGGCUAAAUCAUCUGCACGAUUUACUAAUUAGUUCCCUCGAUGUACUAAAAUGUGCACGCGAUUAAUAUUGCGUCCACGUUUUAGUACAUUGAGGGAACGAAUUAGUAAAUCGUUCGCACAAUUUAUUUAUUUUUUCUUGCAUGUCAUGUGCAGGGCUCCGUAGAUUUGUAAAAAGCCCUGAUCUAACUAAACAGAGACGCUAGAUGUCAUUUGUUUGAAUCUACUUCUCUCUGUGUUGAGAACCUGAGUCAUCUUGUAUUGUCUCAGUAUAUGGCUAUAAUUGUGUUUGCAUAAAUCGUUUUGAGUAAAUAAACAUUCGUGAAAAUA